AUGAGCUUCAGAAACGUUAUACCCAUCGUCGUGGCUGUAGUAGCAGGCAUCUCCAUCACUAACUACACAUUGAAGCCUGAGCUCGAAAGACAAGCAAAACUGCGGGAGCAAAAACAGUUCGAACUACCCAAGCCCGUCUCGUCGAGCGAACCGAAUACCUCCGAUUUACAGACUCCGAACCAAACAAAACCCCAAGCCGGCACAGGUCCAGAGAACUCAAUGCCGAAGUCAUGA